AAGCGAGCGACAGGAUCGGUGACGUGAGUGGGGUACUCAUCAUAUUUGGACAAUGCACGUCGUUACUGACAAGCCCCUUCAGCCUCACAGACUCCGGUAUCGACGCUUCGUAUUCGGGUCAGGUAGCCAUAGGGUAAGUCUCUGGAUCAUACCCAGCAUGCCUCGAGCAGCACUCGAUCCUGACCUUUGAUUGAUGUCUUGCAGCACCCCGUCUCAAGACUUCCUCCUCAUCUUCGACACUGGUUCUUCCGACAUGUGGGUCGCCACGACCCAAUGUACAAGUCAAGAUUGUCAACAAGCAGACCUGUUCAACCCCGCCAAAUCCUCCACUUUCACCAACGAGAACACAGCGUUCGAUAUCACUUAUGGGUCUGGAGAUGCCUUGGGAGGAAUCGGCAAGGACACAGUGACAAUCGCUGGAUUCACCAUCGACCAGGUCUUUGGUACCGUCAACCAGACAUCCCAAGGCGUGAUCGAUAACCCCAUCUCGGGCAUUCUCGGAUUCGCAUGGGAAAGUAUCGCUCAGACUGGGGCCACACCAUUCUGGGAAGAGCUCGCUUCGACCGGUCAAUGGUCUGAAUCCAGAAUGGGUUUCUUCCUUCAACGAUACAGAGGUGAUCCCUACGCGACAGAAGUGGAAUCACAAGGUGGAGAAUUGACCAUGGGUGGUCUCGACUCGUCAAAGUACACUGGCAAUGUCAACUACAUCACUUUCCCUUCUUCUGAAGAGGACUAUUGGCGUAUCCCAAUGCAGGUCAUCACUGUUCAAGGGUCUCAAGUCUCUGGUGUGACUGACCGAAUGUCCGCCAUCGACACUGGUACCACCUUGAUCUCUGGAUCACCAUCCGAUGUCCAAGCCAUCUAUGCCCAGAUCCCCAACUCAGAAGCCAUGUCUCAAGACUCUGGAUUCGAAGGAUACUACCAGUACCCUUGCAGCACCACCGUCAACGUAACCCUCCAAUUUGGAGGCCUCGCCUACUCGAUGAGCAACGCCGAUUUCAAUCUUGGUUCGUUCACUCGGGACAGUAGCAUGUGUACCGGAGCGUUCUUCGAAAUGGACCUGGGCCAAAACUCACCUGUUGACUGGAUUGUCGGUGCCUCAUUCCUCAAGAAUGUCUACUCUGUUUUCCAAUACGACCCUCCAGCCAUUGGAUUCGCUCAACUCAGUGGUAGCGCUCAAUCUGUUUCGAACGGAACAUCCGUCUCGGGAGGUAGCACCACUGGUGGAGGAACGAGUGGUUCCAACAGUACCAGCACGAACGGCAGUGGCAGUGGCAGUACCAAGAACAGUGGUAGCGCAGGACGAGGGGCGAUCGCCACUGGAUUCGGAUCCGCCUUUGUCGCUGUCAUUGCCUCGGCCUUUGUGGGUCUACUAUAGGCCACGGCGCCGUCCCUGGAUGUUUGAAGAGAAACGAGAUGUAGCUAUUGAUUCAAUGUCUGUUGUAGUCACGUCCCGGCCCCCUUUCCUCCUUGCAAAGUGAAAGAGGGGAAGGGAGAUCCAUGAUAGAUUCACUUUAAGAGGGAGAGAGAAGUGUUUGUGGAUCUAGCCUGUUUAAUGUGCGGGGAAGGAAAGAGAGAAGAAGGGGAGCGUUCCACUCCCAGUCACCAUGAAUGCAUCACGUUCGCAGCAUUCAUCGACUGACUGCAAUAUCUCCAAAGCAUGAACUUGAUGGACUUGGGAGGGAUG